AUGUUUUACUCUACAGAAAAAACUGAAAAAGCAGAAAAAAGACUAAACAACAACAAGACCCCUUCGCCGGCGAUCUCCGAUGGAGAAGCCAUCAACGUUUAUCACGCAUUCGUGAACCACCUUUACGGGACAUCCAAACCGCGCAUGGCUCCUCGCACAAUGGCGACAUCCUCUGUCGUUCACCGUCAGCCAUCCUCCGAUCCCGUGACAGCCAACCACCCCAGUCUGCCGGAUACCGCUCAUGACAUUCGCGACCCACAACUGCGAGCCAUUGUGAACAACACAACAACUGUUACCUUUAUGCAACCAACAUCACCAAAGUCGUCUCUCCGUGCAACCCGAUGA